UCAUCUGCUACAGCAAUCUGAUGCCAGACUGCACAGUCAAUGACGUGACAUGGUUUCAUGCAAUGAAAUGUCUGUAAUGUAGUGGGGCCUGGAAUGCACCUGGCCCGCCUCUUGCCACGGUGCGAUGACGUAGUCACCUGUACCUCAGACACCGUCAGACAGAAGGUCGGUUCAGAAAACAGGAAGACAGCAACAGAGGCAGGUUGAUGCAGUGACUCUCCGUAUGAACAAUGGACAAGCAGGGACCCCCAGCCGCUCCAAAUCUCUCCUCGGGACCCCCAGCCGCUCCAAACCUCUCCUCAGGACCCCCAGCCGCUCCAAACCUCUACUCAGGACACCCAGCCGCUCCAAAUCUCUCCUCGGGACCCCCAGCCGCUCCAAACCUCUUCUCGGGACCCCCAGCCGCUCCAAAUCUCUCCUCGGGACCCCCAGCCGCUCCAAACCUCUCCUCAGGACCCCCAGCCGCUCCAAAUCUCUCCUCGGGACCCCCAGCCGCUCCAAACCUCUCCUCAGGACCCCCAGCCGCUCCAAACCUCUACUCAGGACACCCAGCCGCUCCAAAUCUCUCCUCGGGACCCCCAGCCGCUCCAAACCUCUUCUCGGGACCCCCAGCCGCUCCAAAUCUCUCCUCGGGACCCCCAGCCGCUCCAAACCUCUUCUCAGGACCCCCAGCCGUUCCAAACCUCUCCUCAGGACUCCCAGCUGUUCCAAACCUCUCCUCAGGACUCCCAGCCGUUCCAAACCUCUUCUCAGGACUCCCAUCUGUUCCAAACCUCUUCUCAGGACUCCCAUCUGUUCCAAACCUCUCCUCAGGACUCCCAGCUGUUCCAAACCUCUUCUCAGGACUCCCAGCUGUUCCAAACCUCUCCUCAGGACUCCCAGCUGUUCCAAACCUCUCCUCAGGACUCUCAGCCGUUCCAAACCUCUCCUCAGGACUCCCAGCUGUUCCAAACCUCUUCUCAGGACUCCCAGCUGUUCCAAACCUCUCCUCAGGACUCCCAGCUGUUCCAAACCUCUCCUCAGGACUCCCAGCUGUUCCAAACCUCUCCUCAGGACUCCCAGCUGUUCCAAACCUCUCCUCAGGACUCCCAGCUGUUCCAAACCUCUCCUCAGGACUCCCAGCUGUUCCAAACCUCUCCUCAGGACUCCCAGCUGUUCCAAACCUCUCCUCAGGACUCCCAGCUGUUCCAAACCUCUCCUCAGGACUCCCAGCUGUUCCAAACCUCUCCUCAGGACUCCCAGCUGUUCCAAACCUCUCCUCAGGACUCCCAGCUGUUCCAAACCUCUUCUCAGGACUCCCAGCUGUUCCAAACCUCUCCUCAGGACUUCCAUCUGUUCCAAACCUCUCCUCAGGACUCCCAGCUGUUCCAAACCUCUUCUCAGGACUCCCAGCCGUUCCAAACCUCUCCUCAGGACUCCCAGCUGUUCCAAACCUCUCCUCAGGACUCCCAGCUGUUCCAAACCUCUUCUCAGGACUCCCAGCUGUUCCAAACCUCUCCUCAGGACUCCCAGCUGUUCCAAACCUCUCCUCAGGACUCCCAGCUGUUCCAAACCUCUCCUCAGGACUCCCAGCUGUUCCAAACCUCUCCUCAGGACUCCCAGCUGUUCCAAACCUCUCCUCAGGACUCCCAGCUGUUCCAAACCUCUCCUCAGGACUCCCAGCUGUUCCAAACCUCUCCUCAGGACUCCCAGCUGUUCCAAACCUCUCCUCAGGACUCCCAGCUGUUCCAAACCUCUCCUCAGGACUCCCAGCUGUUCCAAACCUCUCCUCAGGACUCCCAGCUGUUCCAAACCUCUUCUCAGGACUCCCAGCUGUUCCAAACCUCUCCUCAGGACUUCCAUCUGUUCCAAACCUCUCCUCAGGACUCCCAGCUGUUCCAAACCUCUUCUCAGGACUCCCAGCCGUUCCAAACCUCUCCUCAGGACUCCCAGCUGUUCCAAACCUCUUCUCAGGACUCCCAGCUGUUCCAAACCUCUCCUCAGGACUCCCAGCUGUUCCAAACCUCUCCUCAGGACUCCCAUCUGUUCCAAACCUCUCCUCAGGACUCCCAGCUGUUCCAAACCUCUCCUCAGGACUCCCAUCUGUUCCAAACCUCUCCUCAGGACUCCCAGCCGUUCCAAACCUCUCCUCAGGACUCUCAGCCGUUCCAAACCUCUCCUCAGGACUCCCAGCUGUUCCAAAUCUCCCCUCAGGACCCCCAGCCAUUCUAUGGAUUUGAUCUCUUCCAGAGUUAGCACCUGAUUCAACUUGUCAACUAAUCAUCAAGUCCUUGACUAGGUAAAUUAGGUGAGAUAGUUCAGGGCUAUAACAACAUGCUGAAACAUCUGGGAGUCCCAGAGGAGAGGUUUGAGAAGAACUGUAUUACAAUGACUCUUUCUAACCUCUCUUAUAUGAUCUAUACAAAUGUUUUUGUCAAUGGACACAUCCAAUCAAUAGACAAUUUCAAAUAAAUGUCUGCUGUUUUCGAAAG